AUGAAUCUGUCGCUCUUCUCGACGACGGCCAUCGUCAUCAUCGACAGCGACGGCAAUAGGUUGCUAGCCAAAUACUUCCAGCCCGUUCACUCGGACACGAGCAAAUCAGCCCUGGGCGACUCGACUUCCAACGCCAAGCACAGCUCGCUCGUCCUGGGCACCUAUGUGAGUCCCUUCAAGACGUUGAAAGACCAGAAAGCCUUCGAAGCGGCGAUAUGGGACAAGACACGUCGCGCUCAAGGCGAUAUCAUACUCUACGCCUCGCAUCUGGUCCUGUUCAGAGCAUCUAUCGAUCUGACGUUCUACAUCAUUGGACCGGAAGGGGAGAAUGAGCUCAUGCUGCAAUCUGCGCUCAACGCGUUCUACGAUGCCGUCUCGCUGCUGUUACGACACCAGGUCGAAAAACGCUCGGUGCUCGAGAACCUCGACCUCGUCGUACUUGCACUUGACGAGACUGUAGACGAUGGCAUCAUCCUAGAGACCGACUCCAACGCCAUUGCUUCUCGUGUCUCGCGGCCCAGACCCGAUUCUGGGACAGUAGACUUGAGCAAUAUCACGAUCAACGAACAAACAAUCAUGAACGCCUUUUCGACGGUGCGCGACAGGAUGGCCCAGCGCAUACUUGCAGGUGGGCUGUAA